UGGCACGCUCCUUCCUCCCCUCCCUUCCUUGCUAGCAAGCCGACUUAGCUAGCUAGUUAGAGAAGCUCUUUAAAUCUUAAAGUGCAAUUAUUAUGAAUUGAUUGGUUAGUGUAUCGAAGUACAUUUGAUUUCUGUUUCUACAGUCCGGGUAACAAAGCAACUAACAAAAUGAACAUACGAAACGCAAGGCCGGAGGACCUUAUGAAUAUGCAGCACUGUAACUUGCUGUGUCUUCCAGAAAACUACCAGAUGAAAUACUAUUUCUACCACGGCUUGUCCUGGCCUCAGCUCUCAUACAUUGCAGAGGACGAAAAUGGCAAAAUUGUUGGAUAUGUGCUGGCAAAGAUGGAGGAGGACCCAGAUGAUGUACCCCAUGGACACAUCACAUCCCUGGCAGUGAAGCGCUCCCACAGACGUCUUGGCCUGGCUCAGAAGCUGAUGGACCAGGCCAGCCGGGCCAUGAUAGAAAACUUCAAUGCUAAAUAUGUCUCGCUUCAUGUUCGCAAAAGCAACCGAGCAGCCCUGCACCUGUACUCAAACACACUCAAAUUCCAAAUCAGUGAGGUAGAACCUAAAUACUAUGCAGAUGGAGAGGAUGCCUACGCCAUGAAGAGAGACCUGGCCCACAUGGCUGAUGAGCUGAGAAAGCCCGGAGUGCGCGUGUCGGGUCAGGAUGCACCGUCUGGCCAGAGCCCGUCAGGGUCUGGUGACCACGAGAGAGAGAGCGAGAGAGACAGCGGAGGAGAGAGCAAAGAGCUGAGUGAAGUCAGCGAGGCAACAGAAAGCACAGACGUUAAAGAUUCUUCUUCUGAUUCACAAUGACGCUGCAGUUCUAGACAUUUUUAAAUUCACCCUUCACUUCCACUUUAAUCUCUAUUUGACAAUAUCUCUGACUCUGCAAACUGUGACUAUCUGUGCGUCAAAGCUGUUCACACAUUUCCAUCACUGUUUUUUUUUUUUUUUUUUAAGUCUUGCUUUUGACUGCAGUGAUGAGCAAAAUGUCUUGGAACAUGACAUGAAUCAUGGUGUUAUCAAAAGGAAUCUAAAAGGAAAAGCUGGUCUCAAUGUUUUUAUUGGAUUGCUGUUGUGAUUAGCAAAGGUGACCCAAAAUUCUGUGAGAUUUACAGAGUUGAAAACAAGUUGUUUCAAUUUGGUCUCAUUAUUUAACAGGAUUACUGCAAAUAAAUCUUUCAAA